AUUAUUUUAUCCAACUCUUCAAUAUCUUGUUUUGAAUCAGAUAUCUCCAUUUCCAACGUUAAGGCACCAACAGUCAACUCAUCUUUCAUCAUGUACCCUUCUCUCCCACAAGACUAUUCCCCAAAACCACCACCACCAGAAGCUCCUCCACAAUCAUACCACCACCAACCACCACCACCGCAUGCCACCGGAGUUCCAGCUCAAUACGUGGCUCCUCAUUCAGUCCACGGCAACUGGUCUAGCAGCCUUUGUGCCUGCUGCUCUGAUGUCCCCAACUGUUGCUUAACAUGUUGGUGUCCAUGCAUUACUUUUGGACAAAUAGCUGAGAUUGUUGACAAAGGGAAUACUUCUUGUGGAGUACAUGGGGGUCUCUAUGCGCUAAUCGAGGCUCUCAUAUGUUGUGGAUGCAUGUAUUCUUGUACGUAUCGGACUAAGAUCAGGAGUCAAUAUGGAUUACGGGAAACUCCCUGCAAUGACUGCCUUGUUCACUUCUGUUGUGAACUAUGUGCCUUGUGUCAAGAGUAUCGUGAGCUCAAACAUCGCGGAUUUGACAUCUCCAUCGGAUGGGAAGGUAAUCUGGAGAGACAGAAUUAUGGAGUACAUAUGCCACCCAUGGCUCCCCAAGGAAUGUACCGUUAAAAUGGAAUUCGUUUUGUUUUAUAUCCAUGAAUAUAACUGAUUAAGGAAAAACUCUUAAAUGAACUCACAUUUACUUUGUAAAAAGUACCAUCAAUUUGUUUGUAUUUCUACUUUUCUUGGUGUUGUAAUCACUUGAUGCGGUUUCAUUUCAU